AUGAAUUUUUCAAGAUUAUCUGUCAUUUUAAGAAACUCUUCAAAUGUCUCGACAAUUCGUUCCCCGAAAAUUCAAACAAGUUUGUUGCAUGUUGGAAUUCCACGAGAGUCGCAAAAUGUGACUAAAAAUAACACUUACCAAAUAGCACUCGAUAAACAUACAUUAAAAACGCCAGCUGGUGCACCGUUAAUUACUUCGAAUAAACAUCUAGCAGCAUUGAUCGCUGGUGAAUGGGAAUCCCAGAAAACUUUAUUGAAGCAACAUUCAUUGCCAUUGACCUCACUUGUUGCAAGGUCAAUUGACACGUUUGAAAAGAAUCCAUCAGAAAGACAAGAGGUCAUUACGAGAUUACUAAGAUAUCUCGAUACAGAUACAGUUUGUUAUCAGGAAAUCUAUCCAGACAUUCUGGUUAUACUUCAAAGACAAUAUUGGGAUCCAAUUGUGGACUGGGUGAAAAAGUGCUAUGGAGUCGACAUUAAAAUAACUAAUAAUAUCAUCGGAAUACAACCACCCGAGACUAAAGACCGAUUAAAAGCUGUUGUAGAACGAUUUGAUGACUUAAAGUUGUCUGCUUUUGAACGAGCGACAAUGAUUUCCAAAUCUUUUCUCAUUGGACUUGGUCUGGUGGAGCGGAAAUUAACGGUUGAAGAAGCUUUCAAAGCCUCCCAGGUCGAAAUCAUUUCACAGACGAUGCACUGGGGAGAGAUUGAAGAUGGUUGUAUUAAAAGAGAUUCACUUCUAACUCCACAUUCAGAAACUAAAUGA